ACUUCUUUUAGCACUAAGAACUUGUAAGUGGGACCUGAAACGCCCAUUUCUUUGUACUCUGCAGUUUAUUAGCUGUUGCAUUAUUUGGAGUGGCAUUACUUGACUUUUCAGAUUAUAGUAAAGUGUUGCGCACCUUAUAUUAGAUAGAUAGUUUCUGGUCAGUACCAAAGUUUUCAAAAAUGUUCAGACGCCUUGAAUGUGUGUUGUACAAGGUGUUCAUUAGGACCCUCAAAACUCACACUUUGAGUUCCUUUUGUCAAGACUUACGCCUUAAUUUUAAAGUGCAUGGGGCACGCAUAGAGGUGGCUGAGGUGUGCUCCCCUUAAUCCUUUUUUUAAGUCAUGUUUUCCCAACACGUUUUGAGGGUUCCUCCAGAUUGUUUAAAUGCGCCUCAACUCUAAAAAUUAGAAACAAAAGAAUAGAAUAUUGGAGAAAAUUAGAAAAUAAUGAGUGAAGGGAAUGUGCUUAGCAUAGCUUUGCACUCCUACAACAGAAUACUAAAGAAGAGAACUUGCAACUCUUUGAUUGCUAGAGACCUCCAACAUAUGUCUUUGCAUCUUGGUAAUCUGUCAUCUCGCAUUCGUAAAGAUGAAUUGGAACGUGUUUUCCGAAGGUUUGGUAGGUGUACUGUACGGAUAAAAGACAAAUACGGGUUUGUAGUUUAUGAUUACCCUGCAUGUGCUGAAAAAGCUCUGAAAACACUUCGAGGCAAAAGAAUUUGUGGAGAGCCAAUAACCCUAUCGUGGUCAAAUAGGCAGCGUCGAGCCUUGCUGCUAUUUGAUAGAGGUGGUAAAUCAUACAAGGCACCACAAGAAAGGUACUCUGUCAAAGAUAGGGUGGGAUCAAAUGGUAAAUACAAUCACAAUAUGGAAUUCAAGAAAAUAGAUAGUGAAGGUAGAAAGCCUGGUUCUUCUGACCUGGUUGAUGAAGCAAGAAGCUACCCUUCCAACAAUUUGAAUUGUUGUGCUGGGGAAAAAGAUCGUGCUGUUUUUGAUGAUUCUCAUGAAGCUAGCGGGAAGAACCAUAUGGAGGAUGAUAGGUGGGGAGAGCAGGUUUUGGAUCCAUCAAACGAAAAUGGUUUAGAAAAUGGAUUGGAGUUUGACCGUUAUGAACCUUAUUACAGUGAUGACAAAAAGGAGCAGAAUGAACUUCACGAUGCAUCCUAUUUUUGUGGUUCACCCACUAGAACGAAGUCUCCAGAGAAAACAGGCUUUGGACAAAAUGAUCAUCAUAAAAUUUUGGAUCAUCUCAGCAAUUCAAAAUCUCGAAAAACGUGCUAUGCAUGUGGUAAAGUGGGUCAUGAAAUGCGGAAGUGCCCCUCACAGCUGGAGAGACCCAGAACAAGGUCUCAACUGCCGAGUCAAAGUAGUGAUGCUGCUCCAAUGAGGCAUCAGAAAAACGAUAGGGAGCCAUCGACUUCAAGAAAUAAUCGGAGAUUGCUUAGACGUGGAGGUUCUCCCUCAGCACAGCUUACUUCCAGACAUAGGAAACAAAAGUACAGGGAGAACAAUCGAAAUAAGACAGAUUGUGAAAGUCCAGAGAGACACCGUUCAAAGAAAGCAAGGGUUCUGUUGUCGUCUUCAAUCCACUCUGAUUGUACUGCAUCCAGAUUGCAGUCACCUACAAGAUCAAUAAGCUCAUUCUCUGAGUCUGUUUCCCAUUCCAAGUUCAAAUCAGCAUCAUCCAGAAAAAAUUCUCCGUCCGCUCAUUCGUGGUCUUCAACGUCAUACCAUUCUGGAUCUAAACCCUUCAUGUCGAGGUUGACAUCAAGCUCAAACUCUCCCACAUCUCUGGCUUUACCGGUAGCACUCGAUAGAUGUUUUUCUUCGUCACCAAAUAAAAUGCAAACAGAUUACAGGGGAGACGAAAAACUGGUAAAAGGUGUCAGUGGCACCAAAUCUGAAAAUAUUACAGUUACGGAAAAUGAAUCUGCAGCCGCAGCAUUGAGAGAGGAAGGAAUGAAAAAGGAUCUUGCCAUAAGGGAAGACGCACACAAUAUUGCCUUCACCAGUGAUUCAUGCCAACUGCUAGAGUCCUAUAACACGCAGUCAGACAACAGUAAUCACAAUUGGGAUAAUUUGAUGUUGCAAAGUGAGAGAGAUGCGGGAAACUCCAAAUGAGUACUGUGUGGUGGAACAUACAUCGGCAAAAGAGCCUGAAAUCUCCGUGAGAUCAAAUGCUGCCCAGUCAACAAGACUGUCCUCUGAGGAAAUGUACACAUUUCUAAAACAUUAUCGACUGGAGCAUCCUGAGGAAGAUAAAAAGGAUCUACCUGCUGAAACGUAUCUAGGGUGUGCUCGCACAUGGCCUUGGGAGAUAAUAUACUAUAGAAAACUAAAGAAGGGUGCAAUUUCAGCCGAGAACUAUGCACGGAGAAUUGCUCAGAAUAAAGAGUUCUGUAUCGUCGAUAAUUACAUUCGUGGCAGUAGUGGAUGGGGAGAAUUGGGUGAAGAUAAUCCUUGAGCAGUUGUUCCGUUGACUAGUACAUUAUAUUCAUCGUUGCACAACAGUUUUGGACCUGAAUGAUCGUCCCUUGCAAAUUUCUUGAGACACGUAACGAAGCCUUGAUCAUAUACUUGCCAUGUAAUUCUAUGGUUAUGUUUUGCUACAUUUAAGAACCCAUCCAUAUCUGCUCAAGAAUAUAGACACACAAUGCUAAAGCUUCCGACUUUCUUACCGCCUUCAAGUGGUGAUGUGUUCUGUAGAAACACAUCUUCCAGAGUAGAAACAGAGGCAUUAUUGA